AUGAGGGCCAGCAUGCUGUCCGUUUUGCGUGUCUGUCUGCCGGGCGGGAGGGCGGUCAGCAUUUGCUCAAGCGACGGCGACGGCUCAGGUCAAUUGAUGGAAAGCUGUCAGUGCAUCAUCGAUCUCCUUGUGUAUUACUACAACGUGACGGUGCGACGACGAGUCUCGGUCAUCGGCACGUGCUUUCGGGGCCAGUCUAGGAACGGACACAUCUGCUUCCUGUGCGCUCUGCCGAGACUGUCGACACACUUUCGUCGGAGGCGACAUGAGGACAACUGCUUCGGCCCCGCUCGGUGGUCCAGCGAUACAAAUAGCAGCGGCCGCAGGCCAGCACCGACCAUCUGCUGCCUCACUUUACGCCUUAAGCCUCCCUCCUUCGAACCAUGGUCAUUUCCGCACCUGGUUCCUAACGAUCUACCGACCUUAAAACGAAUGGUCGACAUAAAACCAGUGACUAUUCAUGUUAUUCGAUGA